ACAAGGAAAGGAAAAAAUAAAAAUAAAAACUCCUUCCCCCACUCUGUCGAACAAACCACGCUCCACCACUUCUCUUUCCCCAAAAUUCCGUAAGCUUCCUCUGGAUUUGCUCUGAAAUUGAAGGCCGGUGUUAGGUUCAGUCAUAUAUCCAACUUUCUCCCAAAUGCCCUAAUUCAGUCAUAUUUCCAACUUUCCCCCAAAUGCCCUAAUUUUCCAGUCUAUCUCACGGGAAGAAUGUCAUGGUUUCUGGUUUUGUGAAGAUUGGGUUGCGGAAAGAAGAUCGAAGAUGAUCUCCACGUGAAGCUCUCUUCCUAUGCGAAGCUCGGAGCUAGGUUUACCGGCCAAGGAGUUUGUUGAAGCUAUUAUUAGUAUACGAGUUGGCUCGAAGAUUAAUCUUAUAGAGUUAAAGGGUCUUGAUCAACAAAGGCAAAAGCUUUUAGUGACUCACAUCCGAGACAAAGCGAGUGAACUAUCUUCUUGUUUAAUGCUCGUGGCUCUUUGUGAGGUGGUAAUGCUGAUUAUGCAAUGGCUAUGCACCAGAAAGAACAACUCCAUGACAAUAGCAUGUCAAUGAUGCAAUCUCAGCAUUUCUUCAUGGGGAGGUCUGUUGGAUUCAAUCUCGGAGCAACAUAUUCAUCUCAUCGACCUCAGCAGCAACAGCAACAUGCUCCAUCAGUCAGCAGUAGUGGUGUGUCCUUCACACCUGGAAACAAUCAAGAUCUGCUGCACGUGCAUGGCUCUGAUAUGUUUCCAUCUUCACAUUCAUCUUAUCAUUCCCAGAUGAGCCAGCUAAGGGUGAUCCAGAAUUCAAUGUGCCACAAUGUUAUUUUGCCAAACAACCACCAGCAUUACACAAAACUGGGCAAGAGAAGCUCGAGAAGCAGUCUGGCAAGGUUAAACAAUGGAGAUGACUUUUUUGUUGAAGCAUUAUGUCAAGAUGGAAGGAUUUACUUCACCAUUGCACUUAGACGUUUUGGAGAUGACUUCUCUGUUUUCUUUACUUGUUUUGAAUGUUAA